ACUUAGAGAGAGAAAGUAGGGGAUUUCUUUUGCCGUCGCUAGCCUUCUCACCGUCGUUCUCGUCCGCCUCCCGGCUCCGUACUAGGUUAGUCUUCCUCGUCCUUGUUCUUCCAUGUCUUCCCAAUCCUCCGUCUUUCGCCAGUCCGAGUCCGAGCGCGUUGCUGAGGGCUCUGUCGCCGGCCCCGCGCAGGAGAGCGACUCCCGCUCGCCCUCCGUCGAGGAGAUAGCCGAGGCGGUCGAGGUCCCUCUUCAGUCCGAGCCUCGUAACCAGAGGCGGACCAUUCUCGAGGACUCGGGGAUCCGAGCGCAAAGGUGCACCCUUACUCGGGAGGAGUACCGCAAGGCGAAGCGCCUAGCCUCGGCGCCGGGCGUUACCGUGCGCCGUCCCACUUCCGAACAGUCAGUGUUUGAUGCUCCUCCAGGUUGCUUCGCCAUCCACCUCAAGUCCCUUGAGUACGGGUUCCGCUUCCCCCUCCAUCAGUUAGUCAUAGAUUUUUUCCUCCAUUUUGAUUUUCUCCCUUGCCAAGUCGUGCCCAAAUCCCACCGCUAUUUGGCGGGAUUUCUCAUUCGUUGCCAGGGGACCGGGGUUCGCCCUGAUCUGGCCCGUUUCUUGCUUCUCUUCCGGUUGGCGAAGUCGUCUGGCCGGGCGAACUCCAACUCGAGCUCGUAUGCCUCAAUAUUCCAAAGACACGAGAAGCUCUUCAAGACGAGAAAGGACUCCGCCAAGAGUUGGAAGGGGAAAUUCGUCUUCGUUUCUCUUUCCUCGGGCUCCUCUUUUCAUAAAGAACCCCUCAGCUCCUUUCGUCGUCGCUCCGCGUGCGUCACCUCGGACAAGAUGCUUGAGGACGUAGAGACGCUCUGCCGAGGGGGGCCCUUCGAAGUCGGUGAAAUCAUGCUCUCCAGCGCCGAGCGACUGAAGCUCAUGUUCCCGGAUGCCCCUAGCGGCAACUCCCGGGCUCCUACCGUGGCUGGUCGUCCUCCGACUCUCCCCGUGAAGCCAACCCCCGAGGCGGCCGAGAAAAAGAAGAGAAAGGAGACGGCCUCGGCCAAUGAUACUCCCCAGGGGGUCUCCUUUCUGGACUGGGACUACGACCCGGAGACCUUUCUGCGUAGCUUGACUCCUCUCAUCGAUCGCGCCAAAAUCCAGGACGUCGACCGGGAAACUCUGGCCUCGGAUAUGUUUCACGAGAUGGGCUCGGCGAUGAUGCGCAUGGUCGACAUGAGCGAGCGGCUGCGCACUAGCGAGGCCGACCGGAGCAGGGCUUAUGUUGAAAUAGCUGACCUCAACGAGGCGCUAAAGGCGGCCAAGGAGCAAGCUCGCCAGGCCGAGGAGCGGGCCCAGCAGCUCGCGGAGGAGGCUGCUCGCAAGGCGCGCCAGGAGGCUCGCGAUCAGGCCGUUGCCGAGUUCCUAGCAUCGGAUGCGUUUCAGGAGGAAACCUUCGCUCGCAUGAACGAUUUGCUCAAGGCAUGGGGGCAGACUCCUGAGGGGAAGGCAUUCGCUCGCUCCGAGGGGACGUCGUGGUACAACCUCGGUUUGUUCCGAGCGCAGCAGGUCCUUUCGGACAGGUUCCUCGCCGGGGAGGACUUCCCCGAACCAUGCGACGAUCCUGAUGAGCUCGACACUUCCAUCUACUACACGAAUGGCGGGAACCCAGCCGGCGAGCAGCCGAAUGCCGAGUGAUAUGACUUGAAGCUUUGUUGUAUUUGAUGUAAUGGUGCUCAAAACUUCGUUGUUUUUUUUUUGAAUUCGGAUAUGUUAUGACUCGAUGCUUUGUAUGGA